ACUGGCUGGAAUGUUGGAUGAAUCUAUUUUCUUGUUUAAAGCUCACUUUGCAGACUUUGCAGUGCAGAUCAUCAGUCACACAUCUGGAUGACUGGCAACCUGCACACUUGUCAGGUGUUGAGGUAAGUUAGAACGUGUUGCCGUCGACAUGACACGGUGAGAUGCAGCCAGAUAGGAGCUGUGUGAGCGUACAGGAUCGGAGCAGAGAGACUUCCAGCCUCCACCGCUGCUCCCCGCUCAGUCUCCGAGGCUGACGUCAGCUGGCUGCUCGGCUCUCCGCUCCUCCGGACACAGCGCCGCGGAAGGGAAGGGAAAAAAAAAAUGCUGCUCUCCGUGCCGCCAAGGACAGGAAUCAACCCGUACAACGGCUACACAGGCAAACACAACAAGAAGCAGACAUAUGUGUCCCCCUCCAACCAUCAGAUGGCUCCACCAAGCCCCAACAGCAACAACAACAGCAACACCACCACCAUCAGCAACGGCAGCAGCGGCGGCAGCAGCAGUGGGGGAGAGCAGCUGAGCAAAACCAACCUUUACAUCCGUGGCCUCCAUCCAGGAACCACAGACCAGGAUCUGGUCAAACUCUGUCAGCCGUAUGGGAAAAUAGUGUCCACCAAGGCCAUCUUGGACAAGACUACCAACAAAUGCAAAGGCUACGGCUUUGUUGACUUUGACAGUCCAGCCUCAGCUCAGAAGGCGGUGACGGCACUGAAGGCUGGUGGAGUUCAGGCUCAGAUGGCCAAGCAACAGGAGCAGGACCCCACCAACUUGUACAUCUCCAACCUGCCGCUGUCCAUGGACGAGCAGGAGCUGGAGAACAUGCUGAAGCCCUUCAGUCAGGCCAUUUCCACACGCAUCCUCCGUGACGCCAAUGGAACCAGCCGAGGAGUGGGCUUUGCCAGGAUGGAGUCAACAGAGAAAUGUGAGGCCAUUAUCCAACAUUUCAAUGGGAAAUAUAUCAAGACUCCACCCGGAGUUCCAGUGCCAUCAGAACCUUUGCUGUGUAAAUUUGCUGAUGGAGGCCAGAAGAAGCGUCAGAGCCAAGGAAAAUAUCUGCAGAACGGUCGGCCCUGGACAAGAGACGGGGAGACUGGAGGAAUGACCCUCACUUAUGACCCCACCACAGCCUUACAGAAUGGGUUCUACUCCUCUCCCUAUAGCAUCGCCCCCAAUCGGAUGAUGGGGCCAACCUCCCUCUCCCCAUAUAUGCAUUCACCUGUGUCCACCUAUCAGGUACAUAACCCAUCCUGGAUACAUCACCAGUCAUACAUAAUGCCGCCCACAGGAGCAGUCCUGACACCCGGAAUGGACCACACCAUGUCCAUCCAGCCAACCUCGAUGAUUGGGCCCCUGACACAGCAGCUCAGCCACCUUUCUAUGGGCAGCAGCGGCACAUAUAUGCCUACAAACACAUCUAUGCAGGGGACCUACAUGCCCCAGUACACCCAAGUGCCUGCCACCAACAUCUCAGUUGAGGAAAGUGCCGUCCAACAACCUGUUGCCAUAGAGACACCCACAGAACACACAACCUACUCCUACCAGCAUAACAAGUGAAGAGAAAGAGACUGUGCCGGGGCCUCUUGUUUCUAAUUGGCCGCUCUUGUCACCCCGUGUCAGAUCUUCCUCUGGAGCCGGAGUGAUUCUCAAAGGGGCCCAAGUGCUGAAACUCACCAUAGUGAUGCUGCACCUAAGGCACCAGGCACUCGGGAGGAACCGUUCCACAGAAAGGACACACACACACACACACACAUAGACACACACACACACACACACAAAAAAAGAUAUUUUCUAUAAACUCAUAUUUUAAAAAGAACUCUUUUACUCCAAACAAAGCAAAGCUGGAGGGGAGCAGGCAGUGGGAAAUGGAGGAACAGAACAAGGAGCAUCUAUUUUGAUAACAGUCACACACACACACUACACAUUUAAACAGUUUUCAUAUUCUUUUGUAAUACUUCUCCAGGGAGCUAGAAUGAAACCAGGAAAAGAACAUUUCAACACCAUGUUUUAUUUUGAGUCAUGUUUUUGUUUUGACCUUUUUUGUAAGAUAUGCUGAUUUUACUUCUCUUUUUGUUGUUUUUUGUGUUUUUUUGUCUGAUACUUUCAGGCUUUGAACCUGCCUUUUUUGUACAUAAUUCUUUGUUUCGGUGUGUAUCUACCUUCACGUGUCCUACUUUGAUUGAUCGGUGCAAAUAUUUCAAUACAGAAAAACCUGAAGUCCUUCAAAAAGCUGAUGACUCACAUUGUAAACCGAUAUGGUGCUGACUUGUAUUAGCUUCUUUUGAAGGGGCAGCAAGUUUAUCAGGUAUGAAAUCUUACCUGUAAUGGUCUCAUUUCUUUUUUUGGCACUUGAUUCUCAAAUGAAUAAUUUAUAGUUCCAACAAUCUCGACGAAGCUUCAGACAAUCAGGAGAUUACUCUACAGAGACGUUUUUGGAUGGUGGUCAUCAGUGGCAGAUCUCACAGAGCAGAUUUCUUUAAAAGAGAUAAAUGGAUUUAAUGCAUUCCAGAUGUUACUAUCAGACAGUUUGAAACAUUGGUUCACUUUGAACUGCUCCUCGCAAUGAAAUCCAAAGUUGCUUAACAGGGAUCACAUCUCACACACAGCUGCCUGUAAAUAAGAGAUUUAAAUUUAUUCAGGCUUUCUCUUGAUUUCCUUUUUUUUUCUUCUUCUUCUUUUAAUCCGUGAAGUAAAGCUUCAGUUAUUUUAAUAACUACAUUAUACCAAAUGGUCUGGACAUAGCAGUUUAUGCGUUGCUGUGUUAACUGGUGUUUCUUGUAUCCCUUUUAUAAAAGGGGAAGCUGACUCUCCACCGAAUCCCAAAAAUGUAUUUUCUGAAGCAAAAAAAAAUUGUUGUUAUUUAAGUAUGAAGUUUUUAGAUAUGGAGAUCAACUGGUAAAGCAUGGCUCUGCCCUGUUAUAUCUUCAGAAAACACUAUUUAGGAGGAUAAUUAUGGCCAGGAUAGAGACGCUUUAAUACUGGCCAUUGCUGUGUGUUUGCAUCUACUUCUGCAUUUCUGAUUUUCACCUUCAUGUUUUUUUUUUUUACAUUUGUUAUUUAAAGGUUUUUUUGUUUUUUAAAAUUCUGUUUUAAUACUUUUAAGAUUGAUCCUAUUUUUCAAAGAAGCUUUGAUUUUAUUUUUGAUAGUGUGUUGUGUGCUUCAAAUAGUGAGAAAUAGACUUUUUUUUUUCUUUUCUUUUCUUUUUUUUUAAGUGAUUAUUUGUAUGUUUGCAUACUUUUCUUGUUCUGGUUUCAGUGUUGAUGUCAAAAGAGGCUUUAUUAUUUUUUAAGACAUUUCAGUUCCGUCUCGUGUCACAAAUGUUGGAACUUUAUAAACAUGACUCCUGUUCAUGGAUGAAAUGUGUAUGCUAGGUUCAGAUGCAUUGUUACAGAGCUGUACCCACAGCAGUUGGGAUCAGCGUAAGAGAAAUUUAUGUUUAAAACCUCGACUUACCUCAUCCUGCCAGAGCGACGUAGAUUCAGUUUGUGUACAAGGUUUCACAGGCAAUAACCAACUACAGUAGGUCUCAUGGCUGUUCACAGCUGGUACUGUGUCCACAUCCUUUAACUCUUCCGUCCAAUGUUCGGAAAACACGCCCAAGGUCUGAUGAUCUAUGCAAUUAAUUUAUUAUCCUUAUAAAUGCAAUACUACAAAUAUCCAAGAGACACCUCAUAUUAUGACAGUGGAUCACCUCACACGUAAACAUUCAGGCUCGCGUGGCUUUCGUCUUUCAUUAUAAAUACGUUGAGAUUGUUUUUGUUUGUUUUCUGACACAUGCAUCCUUGGUUCAUUACUUGUUAGUGAAAUUACUACAUUAAAAGGGAACUAUUUCAUACCAAAAUGUGGUUGUUAAUAUUAUCGUGGGAAAUGUAUGAACUCUAAAAAAAAGAAAAAAGA